AGAUGAUUAUUGAAUAGGGUUGCAGUAGAUCUCUUUACUAGAACAAACAAGCGACAAUCCCAGCAGAGAGAAGAGAUCCUUGUUGCCGGAUCUGAUGUGCUGACGUGUCGCCUCCCUGCGCCCUCGCCAGUCAGCCGCUGCUCAUGCAACCCAGCCAGCAUGGCAGCCAAGCACUUUUACCGAAACGGCUUUUUAUUACUAUUAUUCAAUUUUAUCUCAACCGCAGCGUUGGAGAAGCGAUUCUCCGAUUUGAAGCGAUGUGCGGACGAGGAGUGCAGCAUGCUCCUAUGUCGUGGGAAAGCAGUGGCAGAUUUCUCUGGACCGGACUGCCGCUUUUUGUCAUUCAAGAACUCAGAAACGGUCUAUGUGUACUACAAAUUGUCAGGAAGAAGGGCUGACAUAUGGGCUGGGAGCGUUGGAAACCAUUUUGGUUAUUUCCCAAUGGACCUCCUCGCCGUCAACCAUGUGUAUACAGACAACGAAGUUGAAGUUCCAACAGAGGAGACAGAUUUUGUCUGUUUUGACACAGGAUUUGACCGCUUUGACAACUACGAGAUAGACUCUCUGUUGGGCUCCUCAUCUAAGGACAGUGACCGUGAAGUUAUAAGUGAUUCUGACCCAACCCAAGUGCCAGAGGACCCACCAGAGGAGAAGGAAGAGCGGUUGAUUGACAGCAAUGUAGUCACUGCGGAUAUUGGCAUCGUCCCACAUGAUCAAAGUGCCUCUUUGCCUCAACUUGAUGGUGCAAACAAAUCUCCCUCUACUCAAGAAGGACUGCCUGACACAACAGCUGUACCUGAUAACACUAGCGGAGUGGCAGGGGACCAACAGAAUGAGCAGAGAACAACCAUAGCCUCUUUUCUUGAAGAUAUUGAGUUAGAGAAGCAUGAAACCAAAGAUGUCCACCUUGAGGAGGACUCUCUGCGCAAAGAUGAUCUUGUGUCAGAAAGCCAAAAAACCAUGACUUCUCAAGGAGAGGAAAUUUUAGAUUUGAAAACUUCCUUUGGCUCGACCUUCGACGCCGUCGUCACAGAUGACGACUCCACCACGAAAGUCACUGCAUAUGAACAGGGGGAAAUGUUUGAGGAUCUUUCAAAUGAAGAACAUGAUAUGGACGAGAAAAGAUCAACUUUAUCUUUUUCUGAAGAAGAGGAAUCUUUUUCUGAAGAAGAGGAAGCGGACAGUUCGACCAAGCCGGUGACAACACAUAUCGACGAACCAAAAACCAAGGAAGCGAAGGUCGCAUCAACGCUAUUUGAUGACCUGUUUUCAGCUGUGACUGGUGGAGUGAAGACUGAGGGGGAAACAAGUUCAGAGGAAGAGGAUGAGGAAGAGCCAGACUCAGAAACCCAUGAGGAGUUCUUGGAAGCACCAGAAGACACUGCAGCAGAGGACACAGAUACAGUCCUUACCGAUUCACCGAAUUCAGCGUUUACUGAAGAAAACGAAACACUGGGUAACGUAGAUUGGAUCGGUAGAGAUUCGCCAGAUUCUGCAUUUGUACACACUGAAGAAAACGAGGCAGCAGAUAACCUCGACUCGAUCAGUAGAGAUACGCUAGAUUCUGCAUUAUUAUAUGCUGAAGAAAACGAAGUAGCAGAUCACGUAGAUCGGAUCAGUAGAGAUUCGCCAGAUUCUACAGUUGUACAAGCUGAAGUAAACGAAGCAGCAGGUAACCUAGAUUUGAUGGGUAGUACUGUUGCACAACCCGAAGAACACAAAAGACAUGAUAGCCAAGGUUUGAUGCAUAGUGAUUCAACAGACGCUGCAUUUAGACUCCCUGAAGAAAGCAAAGUAACAGAAAAUCUAGAUUCACCAGAACAGUUGGUUGAGGAACUCUUGUUUGAGCAGGACGAUGGUUCUGAGGACACAGACUUCAAACAUAAGGAUCUUCGAAGUCAAACACCAAAGUCCAUUGAUGAGCCAGUACAACGAGAAGAAGAUUUUGUAUCGCGAAAAGAACCACGUGGUCACUUGUUUAACCGAGUGUCAGAUGAACACAGUGAAGCUGUAAAGGAUGACGAAGCGCAGGUUAUCAAAGAAGAUACACACGACAGCGGCAUUGCAACGGAGCAAAUGGACAGCUUACAUGAAAAUGAAACAGAAAUACGUGAAGAAAUUCCAGAAGUUCCAGAAACGAUCAGUGAUGAGUCAAAAGGGAUGGAAUCCUUAGAUUUGCUCCGUACACCUAAGCCUAAAACCACAGGAAAUGACAUCCUACUUGAUUCUGAAAGCAAUAAUCAUCAACAGGACGAGCCACCUACGGACGAGGGACCCCUUGGCGUGCACAAAGAGAAAUCUGAGGAAAUAGAAGAACUACUUGAGGAUGAAAAUGCACUUUAUUUGUCAAAGUCGUAUGACGCACAGACUAAGAAACCCUCUACAGUGACAAGUCCACCCCCAGUUCCAGAGCCACAGUACAGUGACCGCAUACUGAGGCUGACUCUGCUGCAAGGGCACUACACCAUAGAGAAGAUGGUGCGUUUCCAGAAGCUUCUAGGUCUCAAGAAUCUCUACAAAGUGGAGGCCAUGUUCUCGGACCUGGACGUCGAGUUGCAAGCUACCCGUCUCGCACACACGGGCACAGUGCAAGACAUCGAAGAGGCGCUAGAGAACAUCUUGGAGAACUCAGAGAAUACCAUAUUGGAUGAAAUUGAGAAGAUGCUGGAUAGCCGCCAUGAGAAAUAUGACGACGAGCAGCGAAUGGGCAUGCUAGAUGAGGAAACGGAAAUACUGGAUGACUUCCAGGAGCUUGCCUUCCACCUGCGACAGAAAUAUUCUGCAGCGAGCGAUAGCGCACCUUUGGCAACAGAGAAAGCGUCAAAUAAUGACCAGGUCAUCGUAGCUCAACCUGAAGAUUGGCCUGCUAUGGUUGAAGUGGACACACCUAACAUCUCAGAGGUAGAGAGUGACCACAGCCUCACAGAGCUUCCGGAACAGGCGACAGAAAUCCAAAAAGAAGAACAGACCAUUGCAGAUGAAGCGCAUGUGUCAGCGGAUAUUACCGUGGGGGAGGAUGGCGGACACUUCAACAAAAACAAAGAAAACCUGCCAAGUUUCAGCGUGUCGGACGAGAUGCAGAAGUUUCCUCAAGCCACACUGGAAAAUCCCUUAGACGUGGGCCUCGGUGAAGUGGAGAGCUCACCCUCAGGAUCUUCGGACUCCGUGGAUCCAUCACCCGAAUUACAUGAGGAAGAAGGGGGAAUACUCUGGUAUGGAUUUGCCUUAAUGCAUUCCGUUGCUGCAUCGAUCAAGGCUAAAGUUCCCGAGUGGACACUUAUUAUGAUUUCACUGUUGCCAGAUGAGUGGAAGCCUGGGGAAACCUUCUAUGGCUGCCCUUGGCAGGCUGUCAUCAUCACUGCGGCGGUGGGAGUCAUGACGUUCACCAUCUACUUCUGGAAAACCGUGCUGGCGGUAAAGAAGAGGAAAUAUCUUGUGGAUGAUAAAAAAAUGACUGAUCAAAUCCAAGCACUCAAAAAUGAGAAGAAUGAUGCUCUGACCAGAGUGUCUGAACUCCAGAAACAGACUGAACAACUGAAAGAAAGUAAAAAAGAGUCUGCAGAGACUGUGAACUGUGCAGUGAAAAAGAUGCGGCAGUUGGAGAGCCAGGUUUUGGAGGCAGAAAAACUAAAUGAGCACAUAGCGGAGGAAAAGAAGACGUACGAAAAACUACUCGAAGAAGAAAAGCAAAAGUCAAUACAAAUUGGAGACCGGAUACAAAAAUUGGAGAAGUCAAAUGAGAAGCUACAGCUGAGCAGGAAGAAAGUCCAGGAAGCCUUAGCUAAGACUGCUGUUCUCUUGGAUGAGGCCAAGAUCCGGGAAGAUGCACGGAAUGCUCAGCACAAAUGCCUUGAGAGGGAGCAUGCAGCCCUGAAAGAAGAAAAUAAAAAUCUGAAAGUUACCAUAAAAGAUUGGGAGGACAAACAUGCCACACUCAGCGAACAGAUUAAAGUCUAUCAAAAGGCCCAAAAAGAGCUGGAGGACUCUGUAGUGCUCAAAGAUCACAACGUGGAGGUUUUGUCCGAACUCCUGGCAGAUCUCGAUGCUUGUGAGUUGCAAAAAAGUGACAGCAACAUGUUAGUGAAUGGCGUCCUAGCAUCUGAUAAGAAGACUGCGGUAAAGAACAGGAUCAAACAGAUGAUGGAUGUUUCCAGGGUCCAAACCACACUCACAGUCAUUGAAGAGGAACGAGACCGCUUCAUGUCCAAACUGCUUCACGAGGAAAAAUCCAGGAACGCUCUGGAAGAAAAACACCAGGAACUGGAACACGCCAUAGCAACCCUCAAAAGCGAGAAGAGCCACGUGGAAAACCAGUUGAAGAUCCUGCAGCAGAAGAAUGAAAUAAUGGUGGAAAUGUACCAACAGAAAGAGAAUACUCUGCAGCAGAGGCUGACCAAGGAGGAGCUGGAGCGUCGCAGCAAAGAGAGCAUGCUGUCUGAGGUGGGAGGAAAAGCUGUGGAGGCCGAGGAGCAGGUGAAGGUCUUGCGUCAGCGUAUUAAUGAAAUGGAGGAGCAGAUGAAGAAGACGGAGGUGGUCUAUAAGGAGCAGAUAAAAGAACAGGAGAAUAAAACUCAUUCUAAUUGGGUGAACGCUCGUAAUGCAGAGCGAGCUUUGAAUCAAGAGAAACAUGAGUCAUCAAAACUGCGUGAAAAGUUGGCAGAGCUGACCUCUCAGCUGAAUGAGCGCCGUGCACCUCUCUUCAGGCCCAAUUCGGGACAAGCUGCUGGUGUUAGUCAAGGCGAUUCAUACGGGCCCUCCCCAGUGAGUGGGGGGGCGCCAUCCCCGCCAUUAAUGAUCGAGGGUCCCAGACGCCCUCCCUCAGCCCCAGUGGGUCGAAGAAUUGACCCGUAUGGUCCCCGCCCUCCAUCUGACCCACACAGUCGUUAUCCUGACGUCAAGCACAUCUCUGGGAUGGACAUGUCAGGUCCACGAAGCUCGUCACCAGCCAACGCGGAAUGCUCUCCACCGCAAGCAGUUGAGGCACAGAUAAAAGGCGAGACUCAGGUGGAGGCCUCCAAUGAGGGUCCAGAGCCAGGCCCUGGGUCUUUCCUAGCAUCACCCAUCAGAGACUCGCCCGGGCCGCCACCUGGUUCAGGACUCCAUGAUCCACUUUUCCCUCCAGGACUUCACGGCCGCCUGCCACCCGGCGGGCCCUACAGACCUCCAAGACCGCCUCUCUACCAUCCAGCCCCGGGACACCACGGCCCUCCUCCAAAUGUGCCUCUCCCUCCUCCUGGACCCCCGUUGCCAGCCAACGGGCACCCAGGUAUGCCUCUGCCAGGACCCAUGGGAGGAGAGUUUGGACCUCGUCCUGCCAACGGACACACAUUCCACCCCAGGCCCGGUCCUGGCCAUGCCAUGGACCUUCGAGGUCCUCCGCCUCCACACUUCCGUCCGCCUCUGCCUCCUCAUUUUGGGCCAAUGCCCCUGCUGCACGGUCCUCGUGGAGUCAUGGGACCUCGCCCACCUUUCCCUCCUGAGAUGCGCUUCCCAGGACCGCGCAACCACAUGCGGCCACCGAUGGACCUGCCACACCCUGGUCACCCGGGGGCUCGCGCCGGUCAGGACCCGCCCCCAAAGCCGGAGGACUCAGCAAGGUCAGCCAUGGUCGAGCCUUAAAAAUGCAGCCAACUUUGGCAGUGAACUUGAACACUCCCCACAAAGGUGAAAUCUAUAUUCCAUGAAAUAAAAACAGAAAAGAUAUUUAUAAAAAAAAAUGGUCCUUACAUUAAAGCGUCAUAAAGAUCAUGUGGGAAAUUCUAUAUACUUAAGAGCUGAGGGAGUUGCCACUUUUUUAAAACACUUUAUUGUGCAAUAAUGUGCGCAGUAAUUUGCGUUCUUCAAAAAAAAUAUAUAACAAUGAUUUUUAAGAGGGUUUUUUUAAAUGACAUUUCCUGUGGAAAUUUUUUAAAAGGGGGAAAAGGAGAUUGAGCUCAACAUUUCAGGAUUAACCAUUUUUUUCAAAGCAAACUUUCUCUGGAGCUGAUUGUAAAGCAAAUGUGUUCAUUUGAUGGCCAGAUGUAUAACUUAUUUUACUAUGUUGCUAGAACCUUUUUUAAGAAUAAACAAUACAAAAACU